ACGAGAUCAUGAAAACGAUUAUCAAAUCAAUCUGAUGGUCAAUGUCGAUUCUUGUUUCUGGAUGUCUUGUCAUAGUGAUAUUUGUUGUCAUGUUUGUGAAUUGUCAGUGGUUGUCGUCGAAAGCUCUGAAACGCAUUAGUUGCAAUCGCUAGAACGGUGAAAAAAGUACCAAACAAACGAAAAAAUGAAAUCAGCAAGACAAAGAAUAGCGAACCAUCGUGCAAUUUUCAAACCACGAACAAAAAAGGAGGACAAUGAUGAACUGUCAUUUGAUCUCAUUCUUUCUGCUAGAAAAACAGGACAUUUGAGUUUGACAGGACGAGGAUUAGUUUCAGUGCCAAAUAGGGUAUGGACAAUUAACGAAUUGUCCAAAGAUGAAUUAGCAAACCUUCGACGAGAAAUAGACUUCAAUCACAAAAAAGAUUGCUGGUGGGAACAGGAACCUCUAAAAUCCUUAGAUUUGAGUUCAAACUGCCUCAUUGCAUUAAGCGCGCAAAUAAAGAACAUACUGGAUCUCAAUUUCUUAGAUCUUCAUGACAAUUUACUGGAAUCGUUACCGCCUGAAAUGAGCGACCUGAACAACCUUAAAACGUUAAAUAUAUCAUUUAACAAAUUGGAAAAUCUACCGCUCGAAUUUUAUAAACUGAUGGAAUUGAGGCAAUUAGAUUUAAAGAACAAUAUUCUCCGAGAAUUAGAUCCUUCCAUUGGAGAUCUAAUUAUGUUGGAAUCUUUGAAUCUAUCGUGUAACAACCUAACAAGCUUGCCUAUUGGAAUGGGAUACCUGGUGCGAUUGAUCACUCUUGACCUGAGUCACAAUGUGCUCAAAGAGUUGCCACCUGACAUAACGAGCAUGCGAGCCUUGAAGAAAUUGGAUGCGAGCUUCAAUCAUUUAGAAACUUUGCCUCCGUUGGGCGAAUUGAGAAAGGCAGAAGCUCUCAUACUUCACACAAAUAAUCUAAAAACCUUUCCUGACAUAAGCGGAUGUACGGCUUUACGCGAAAUUCAUCUUGCAAACAACAGUAUCACUGAAAUAGAUACUUCUUGUCUGGAAGGCAUGAGUCAAUUGAAGGUUCUCACUUUAGGAAGCAAUAAACUUGAAACAAUUCCUGAAGAAAUUAUACAACUCUUGAAUUUGGAACAUCUUGAUCUUUCACAUAAUAACAUCUCCUCGAUUCCUAGUUGUGUUGGCAUCAUGCCUAACUUACACAAUUUUGUCAUCGACGGAAACAAAUUAGAUAAUGUUAGGCGCGAUAUAGUGCAGUGUGGCACACCUCGAAUAUUACGUCACCUUCGACAAAGUUCAAAUUCAAGCCACAUUGAAAUUCGAGAUUGUUUAUCGACAACUUGUGAUGAACAAAUUUUUCCGGACAAAUAUACAUUGAAAAAUGCAAAAUUGUUGAGCCUUACUGGUAAAAAUCUUUCUAAUCUUCCUGAUUCGGUCAUGGAAGAUGCGAAACUUGCAGAAGUGACCUGCAUUGAUUUAAGUAGAAAUAAAUUACACGAAUUGCCAUCUUCUUUGUCUCAAGUGAAGACAGUCACGGAUUUAAAAUUGUCGUGCAAUCAGUUUACGAAAAUGCCAGAAUGGAUUGGUGAACUGCAACAUAUUCAAUUCCUAGAUUUAAACCGAAAUCGGCUGAAUUCUUUGCCAGAGAGUAUUCAUCUGUUGGAACAUUUGCGAGAAAUAAACAUAUCUUUCAACAAAUUUGUAGAGAUACCGACAUGUAUAUAUGAAAUUAUUCAUCUGGAAAUACUUGUAGCAAGUGGUAACCAGAUUGCAAAAAUUGAUGUGCCUGCCUUGAAGAAAUUAAGAAGACUAGCAACUUUAGAUCUUUCGAACAAUAAUAUUGGACACGUUCCUCCAGAGCUUGGGACACUUAUUCAUCUCAAAGAAGUGACUUGUUCUGAAUUUGCAUGAAGCAAUUAAUACAAUUGUAAAAGUGAGUAAUGAACGUAAAUCUGAAGCAGUAAUCAUUCGAGCUGUAUGAAGAGUUCAUUAGACACUUAAAAUUAUUUGCUUGCCAGUUAGAGAUAUCAUGUUCUGCACGAUGCAUCCUGUGUGUGGAGUGAGAUUUCGUUGUUUCUAAUGCAUUAUCCAUAACAUAAUCCAGUAUUCAUCUCCAAAUAUUAGAU